CCUAGCGCAAGCCAAGGCACCCACAGGUCACCUUGACAACAAGGCCGAGGACCCCGUGGGAACUCGCAGCCCUGCCGCCCUCGUUCAUCGCGCCCCCACGGAGGGGUGCCCAGAGAGAAAACCUGCGUGGCAAGAACCUAAAGGAAGUGGUGAGGGGCGUGGAGAAGAACAGGACACGAGAGGCUAGAUAACGAUGGGAGGGGAUACUAGUUCCCUUUUUUGCCUUUGGUUACUGGUAGUAUUGGAGGCAUUCGAAAUAGCUUUCAAGAAAGAAAAUAUCAGACAGGCAUUUUCCAAAGGCAACCCCGGAGCGAGCGAAACUUUAGAACCGCAAAUGGUUCUUCUUCCGGUCCCUUGCGUCUGCGUGUUGGCAGUCGAGAAGGCGGGAGGCCGGGGUAGAAGGAAGCCAGGGGCCGGAAGUGAAGGCAGAUUCCCUUUUUCGUUGCUCUUGCCGCCGCCAUACGCGCCCGCCCUGCUCAGCUCUUCUAACAGCAGCUAGUAUUUUCCUUUUCCUCUCUUGUUCCUUGGAUCCCACUCUUUUCCCUUGAUUUCACUUAGUCUUCGUGAACCCAGCUAGAGACCCCUCCCCUUCUCCCCCUGCCGGCCCAGUUAUGGCAGAAAAUGAUGUUGACAAUGAGCUCUUGGACUAUGAAGAUGAUGAAGUGGAGACAGCAGCUGGAGGAGAUGGGGCUGAGGCCCCUGCCAAGAAGGAUGUCAAGGGCUCCUAUGUCUCCAUCCACAGCUCUGGCUUUCGUGACUUCCUGCUCAAGCCAGAGUUGCUCCGUGCCAUUGUUGACUGUGGUUUUGAGCAUCCAUCAGAAGUCCAACAUGAGUGCAUCCCUCAGGCCAUUCUGGGAAUGGACGUCCUGUGCCAGGCCAAGUCAGGCAUGGGGAAGACAGCAGUGUUUGUGUUGGCCACACUACAACAGCUGGAGCCGGUUACUGGGCAGGUGUCUGUGCUGGUGAUGUGUCACACUCGGGAGUUGGCUUUUCAGAUCAGCAAGGAGUAUGAGCGCUUCUCUAAAUACAUGCCCAAUGUCAAGGUUGCAGUGUUUUUUGGUGGUCUGUCUAUCAAGAAGGAUGAAGAGGUGCUGAAGAAGAACUGCCCACAUAUCGUCGUGGGGACCCCUGGCCGUAUCCUGGCCCUGGCUCGAAAUAAGAGCCUCAACCUCAAACAUAUUAAACACUUUAUCUUGGAUGAGUGUGAUAAGAUGCUUGAACAACUCGACAUGCGUCGGGAUGUCCAGGAAAUUUUUCGCAUGACCCCCCAUGAGAAGCAGGUCAUGAUGUUCAGUGCUACCUUGAGCAAAGAGAUCCGUCCAGUCUGCCGCAAGUUCAUGCAAGACCCAAUGGAGAUCUUCGUGGAUGAUGAGACGAAGCUGACCCUGCAUGGGUUGCAGCAGUACUACGUGAAACUGAAGGACAACGAGAAGAACCGGAAGCUCUUUGACCUUCUAGAUGUCCUUGAGUUUAACCAGGUGGUGAUCUUUGUGAAAUCUGUUCAGCGUUGCAUUGCCCUGGCCCAGCUCCUAGUGGAGCAGAAUUUCCCAGCUAUUGCCAUCCACCGUGGGAUGCCCCAGGAGGAGAGGCUUUCUCGGUACCAGCAGUUUAAAGAUUUUCAACGACGCAUUCUUGUGGCCACUAACCUGUUUGGUCGAGGCAUGGACAUCGAGCGGGUGAACAUUGCCUUUAACUAUGACAUGCCAGAAGAUUCUGACACCUACCUGCAUCGUGUGGCCAGAGCAGGCCGGUUUGGCACCAAGGGCUUGGCUAUCACGUUUGUGUCAGAUGAGAAUGAUGCCAAGAUCCUCAAUGAUGUUCAGGAUCGCUUUGAGGUCAACAUUAGUGAGCUGCCUGAUGAGAUAGACAUCUCCUCCUACAUUGAACAGACGCGGUAGAGGAUUCGUUCAUUUUGGAAUGCGACAGUCUGUUCCUCUUCGUGAGACAACACCAGAUGUGGGGGUGAAGGAGACACUACUGCCACCUACCCCUCCCCCCUCCCCCACGGCUUCCCUCUUUUGCAUCACCACCACUCCUAAGUCCCCAUUCCUGAUUUGUCAGGAUUUUUUUAACAAAACUAAAAAACAAAACACGUGCGUCUGUGAUAUCUAUAA